CCCACGUACGCGCCCGGGCUCUGCGCGUCCCCCCGCGAGGCCUAGCCCGUGCAUCCCCCGCCGGGGACCCCCAGGCCCGCCCCGCCCGAGCCGGGCCGUGCCGGUGAACCGAGACGGCGGCGGCAGAGCCGGAGGGGCAGGAUGUCCUUCCAGGGCAAGAAGAGCAUCCCCCGGAUCACGAGUGACCGCCUUCUGAUCAGAGGGGGAAGGAUCGUGAAUGAUGACCAGUCCUUUUACGCUGACCUGUAUGUGGAGGACGGUUUGAUAAAACAAAUUGGAGAAAACCUCAUCGUCCCUGGGGGCAUCAAAACAAUUGAUGCCCACGGCCUGAUGGUCCUGCCGGGCGGCGUCGACGUCCACACACGGCUGCAGGUGCCCGUGCUGGGCAUGGCCCCCGCCGAUGACUUCUGCCAGGGCACCAAGGCCGCCCUGGCGGGAGGAACCACCAUGAUAUUGGACCACGUGUUCCCUGACGCGGGGGUGAGCCUGCUGGCAGCCUACGAGCAGUGGCGGGAGCGGGCGGACAGCGGGGCCUGCUGUGACUACUCCCUGCACGUGGACAUCCCCCGCUGGCACGAGAGCACCAGGGAGGAGCUGGAGGCCCUGGUCAAGGACAAGGGUGUGAACUCCUUCCUGGUCUUCAUGGCGUACAAGGACAGGUACCAGUGCACAGACGGCCAGAUGUACGAGAUCUUCAGUGUCAUCCGGGACCUGGGAGCUGUGGCCCAAGUGCACGCGGAGAAUGGAGACAUCGUGGACGAGGAGCAGAAGCGGCUGCUGGAACUUGGCAUCACCGGCCCCGAGGGCCACGUGCUCAGCCACCCCGAGGAGGUGGAGGCUGAGGCCGUGUACCGGGCUAUCACCGUUGCCAAGCAGGCCAACUGCCCCCUGUACGUCACCAAGGUGAUGAGCAAGCCCGCAGCGGACGUGAUCGCCCAAGCCCGGCGCAGAGGGGUGGUCGUGUUCGGGGAGCCCAUCACCGCCGGCCUGGGCACCGACGGCUCCCACUACUGGAGCAAGAACUGGGCCAAGGCGGCGGCCUUCGUCACGUCGCCCCCCGUCAGCGCGGACCCCAGCACUGCAGACCACCUCGCCUCCCUGCUGUCCAGCGGGGACCUGCAGGUGACCGGCAGCGCCCACUGCACCUUCACCACUGCCCAGAAGGCCGUCGGCAGGGACAACUUCACCCUCAUCCCCGAGGGCACCAACGGCAUCGAGGAGCGCAUGUCCGUGGUCUGGGAGAGAUGCGUGGCCUCGGGGAAGAUGGACGAGAACGAGUUUGUUGCCGUGACCAGUACCAAUGCAGCCAAAAUCUUCCAUGUUUACCCGAGGAAGGGGCGGGUGGCCGUGGGCUCCGACGCUGACCUGGUCAUAUGGAAUCCGAAGGCCACGAAAAUCAUCUCUGCCAAGAGCCACAACCUGAACGUGGAGUACAACAUUUUUGAGGGUGUCGAGUGCCGAGGAGUCCCCACAGUGGUCAUCAGCCAGGGCAGGGUUGUGCUGGAGGACGGCGCCCUGUGCGUCACCCCCGGGGCCGGCCGCUUCAUCCCGCGCAAGACCUUCCCUGACUUCGUCUACAAGAGGAUAAAGGCUCGUAACAGGCUGGCGGAGAUCCACGGCGUGCCCCGCGGCCUCUACGAUGGGCCAGUGCACGAGGUGAUGGUGCCCACCAAGCCGGGGGGCGGCGCCCAGGCCCGCGCAUCCUGUCCAGGGAAGAUCUCAGUCCCACCCUUCCGCAACCUGCACCAGUCGGGGUUCAGCCUGUCUGGCUCUCAGGCCGAUGACCACGUCGCCAGGCGCCCGGCGCAGAGGAUCAUGGCACCGCCCGGCGGCCGCUCCAACAUCACGUCGCUGUCCUAGGUGCUGCCCGUGCCAGCGCACAGGCGCUGCCCGCAGGUGGUGGCCGCUCCCCUCUGUUCCCUUCCUUUCGUUGAACCUAUUUUGAAAGGUGCUUGGCCUCACCUCCCCCCGCAAAAACUCUCCUCCUGGGGUCCCAGGUUCUGUCACGAGGAGCCCCCGCAGGAGGGGCUGAAUUGGGGAGGUUUCACUGCCAGGGCAAGGAGGCUGGACGCAGGGGUGGCCACAGCUCAGGUGGCCCUGAGCCCAGGUGCCCGGUGCCUCAGGAAGGCAGGGACCUCCCAGGAUGCCUGGGGCAGCUGGGCCAGGCCGGAAGGCCGAGGGCGUUGUCGUGCCUCGUCCCCAUCAGGCGUCACUGCCCCGAGGAGCCCCCAGCUCUGCCGCCCGCUCCCGGCAGAGGUGCAGCCCAGCUCCGUCCGCCUCAGUGCAGCCCCGCCCAGAGCUGCUAUGACUUCAGGGACCCACCAGGAACACAGUGUAGGGCAGCUGCUGGCAGGACGUCAGCAGAUUCAUCUGUACGCUUUUCCAAGGACCGAACCUCCGAUUUCGUAGAGCCCGUGUCCAGGGAAUUUUAGGAUCCUUUAGCUAAGAUACUUCCCUUCUGCUACUAAGUGUGCAUUCCAGUAGUUUCUUAGAGCAGCGGUUUUGUGCGGUGAGGACACCUGUAGCCAGGAACCUGCAUGCCACCCACAGCCCAGGGGCCCCCCCGGCCCCAGUGGCGCUGUGUCCCAGUCCCAUGUGAAUCAGGUCAAUUAAAGGCAUCUGGGCUGGAAGCUGCCAGCGUGUGGAGAGCCCCGACGUCUCUGCCCCCACGCCAUCCCCUGGGGGUUCGUACGCGGGACCCUGGGGAACACUCUGCAGCCCCUUGGCCUGGCUCCGCGCCGGCUG